AUGACUACGCUCCGCAAGGUCGCUGUAUUCGGUGCCUCGGGCAACUUCGGCGCCCCAAUCACCGCAGCCCUCAUCCAAGCCGGCUUUGUACUGACAAUUGUAACCCGGGCCGAAUCUACUGCAACCUUUCCAGAUGGGUUACCUGUUAUCAAGAUUGAAUACACGCCAGAGAACUUCGUCAAGGCUCUUCUCGGGCAAGAUGCUGCCGUCUGCGUUGUCGGUCCUAAGGGCAUUCACCAUCAGACUGCCAUGAUCGAUGCAGCGGAAGCCGCGGGCGUCAAGCGCUUUAUCGUGGACGACUUUGGAUGGGGACCGGAUGCUCGUGGGCUGCCUGAAUUCCAAAAUGUUCGUAUCAGGCGAAAGGCUCCAUGGGAUCACGCCAAGGAAAGGGCUGAGGCCAACCCUGGCUUUACCUGGACUGGGAUAACGACGGGAAAUCCUAUUGACUGGGCGAUCAAGAAAUUCCCGUUGAUGGGAUUCGAUGUCAACCAAUAUUCGGCAACCAUAUACGACAAUGGCGAAGAGAACUUCACUGGAACGACACUGGAAGGCAUCUCACAGAGUGUCGUGGGUGUUUUAAAGCACCCAGAAGAGACACAGAAUCGAUUUGUAAAGGUACUCUCCAUCAGAACCUGCCAGAACAAGCUGCUGCAGGCCCUGCAGCAUGCGACAGGGGAGCAAUGGGUCGUACAAAAGUCCACCACGAGAGAGCUCAUGGCCAGUGGACGCAAGAAGCUCGCAGACGGCAGUGACAGAUGGGUUUUGGAUUUGGUUGUGGCUCAGCUGUACGAUGAAGGUGAGGCUCGUUGUGAGGUUGCACCUUGUCGAUCCGAAUCCGACUGUGACCUGUUGGGCGUGGCUGCGGAGACGGAGGAACAAAUUGCAACCAAGGCUUUGGGGCUUGCAUGA